ACACCGCACACAUUGCUUCACACAUCAAUGUCUGCUCAACAGUGCAAGGGUGGGUGCGGGUUCUAUGCCGGUGGCGACUCGCCGUAUUGCUCAAAGUGUGCACAGGAUGUGGCCAAGGGUCGUGAGCUCGGCUCGUUGGAAAAGGCCGAGAAGGCGGCCAAAGCUGCUGCGUGGGCUGCUGUGAGGGCGCGUGAGAACGUGGAUCAAGCUGCCUUUGAGGCUCUCGGUGACGCCAUACACGCCAUGGACUCGAUCACGCCCACGCUGCUCUGGCCGAUGGUCGAGGAUCUGGUCUUCUCCCCGUCGCAGGGCCUGGCUCUCGCCCGGCUGGUCGAGGCUGCCGUUGCCGAUGACGACCAUGAGCGCAAGUAUAUGCUCGGCCACGUCAUCUACUCGCGAGUCUCCGAUCUGCACAGUCUCGACGAACUCGCUAGCUCAGAAAAUACCCGUCCGCCGUGGCCAGGCGUCACCGGGUACUUCUACCCCCACGAGGCCCACGAUCCCCAUCGCCGAGACUGGGCUCCUCCAGAUCAUUCUUCGACAUUCUGGUACUGAUGGUUUGUCAU